UAUGUAAUCAGGGAUAGGAUCUCAACCAAUGAAACACCAGGUGGCUGACAUGACCUCAGUGCCGAUAUUAUGAGGCUCCCUGUGAAACGGAGCACAGUGCAGAGGGGCAACAGUCACCAUGGUGGUGUCUGUGGUUCUGUUGUGGGUAUGUUUUUGCAUGCUGCUGUUUUUGAUCCGCACCCGCCGACCGAAACACUUCCCCCCUGGCCCACAAACCAUCCCCAUAUUUGGAAAUCUGCAUCAGCUGAAUCUGGUGAAUCCUGUUAAUGAUUUGCAAAAGCUUUCUGAUCGAUAUGGGAAAGUGUUCAGUUUUUACUUUGGAGGGAGGCCAGCUGUGAUCAUAACUGGCAUGGAGGCCAUGAGAGAAGCUCUGCUGACCAAAGCUUUGGACUUUGCUGGGAGACCUGGUGGAGUUCUGCUGAGCCACCUCACCCAGGGCAAAGGCAUCAUCAUGGCUGACUACGGUCCUAGCUGGAAGGAGCAUCGCCGUUUUGCUCUGAUAACCAUGAGGAACUUUGGCCUGGGGAAGCAGUCGAUGGAGGAAAGGAUUCUGGGAGAGGUCUCGUAUAUCUGCGCCCACCUGGAAAAGGUUGCAGGUCAGACAAUUGACCCUCAAACUUUGUUUCACAAUGCUUCAUGUGACAUCAUCUGCUCCAUCAUGUUUGGGUCUCGAUAUGAAUAUGACCAUGAGUUCUUCCAAGCUAUGAUUAAAAUGAUGGCAGACAAUUCAAAGAUUGCCAAUGGACCAUGGGGCAUGAUAUACGAUACUAUGCCAUUGUUGAGAAACCUACCCCUGCCAUUCCAAAGUGCUCUCCGGGAUUACCACACAGUCAAGAUGCAUGUGCUGGACAUAGUGAAUGAGCACAGAGCCACCCGCACCCCUAAUGAGCCAAGAGAUCUCAUAGACGGUUAUCUAGAUGAAGUGGACAAGAGGGGUCAAGACCCUGCUCCAUUUGAUGACAGUCAGAUGUUAACCAUGUUGCUUGACCUUCUCUUCGCUGGAACUGACACCACAUCAAACACCAUCCGUGCUGCUGUGCUCUAUUUCAUGGCUUACCCAGAUAUCCAGGAGAGGUGUCAGCAGGAGAUUGAUAUGGUCCUGGAAGGGAGAGACCAGCUCUGCUUUGAGGACAGACACAGCAUGCCCUACACACAGGCUGUUAUCCAUGAAACCCAACGCGCUGCGAGCACACUUCCUCUGAGUGUGUUCCACUGCACAACCAAAGACACAGAGCUGACGGGAUACCAGAUACCUAAGGGUACACUUGUCAUCCAGAAUCUGUCAUCUGUGCUGCAUGAGGAGACACAGUGGAAGUUCCCUCACAGUUUCAACCCCAACAACUUCCUGAACGAGCAGGGAGAGUUUGAGAAGCCACCUGCCUUCAUGCCCUUCUCAAUAGGACCCCGGACUUGUCUUGGGGAGGGAUUGGCCCGCAUGGAGCUCUUCCUGAUCCUGGUGACACUGCUGCGCCGUUUCCAGUUUAUCUGGCCAGAGGAUGCAGGAGAGCCAGACUUCACCCCAGUGUUUGGGGUCACUCAAGCCCCCAAACCAUACAAGAUGGUGGUGAAGCCGAGGACAAUUACGGCAAAUUAAGGCACUUUGAAUGAUGCAAUGUAAUGCAAAGUAAUCAGAGUGAAAUAAGUCAAGUAUUAAAAGUCAACCUAGUAAUCUGUCAUGCAUUUUUAACCCUCAUGUUAUGCUUGGGGUCAAUUUGAAUCAUAAAAUGUAUGGUUCACUUUU